AGUUCGGGUGAUGGGUACGGGGGUUACCGGUUCUGCAGUUCGGGUGAUGGGUACGGGGGUACUGGUUCCCCAGUCUGGGUGAUGGGUACGGGAGUUACUGGUUCCCGUGGUUCUGAUCUCCCCUGUGCUCAGGGCGGGUGUCAGGUGAAACGAGCUCCUGCAUAUACAGCACUGGGCUGCUCACCGUCUAAUUGCGCUUCUGUGGGAAGGAAGAGGCUCCUGACCACUCGCCAACAUGGUAGUUUUCACAUGCAAUGCGUGUGGAGAAGCUGUGAAGAAAGCACAGGUUGAAAAGCAUGUGAACAUCUGCAGAAACUGUCAGUGCCUGUCCUGCAUGGAUUGUGGCAAGGAUUUCUGGGGUGACGACUAUAAGGAACACGUGAAGUGUGUAAGUGAAGACCAGAAAUACGGUGGGAAAGGCUUUGAAGCCAAAACUAACAAAGGAGAUGCUAAACAGCAAGAAUGGAUUCAGAAAAUUCAUGAAGUAAUGAAGAAGCCCAACAUAAGCCCUAAAGUGCGGAACAUCCUGGAGCAAAUACGUGCCUUUGAUAACAUUCCAAGAAAAAAAGUAAAGUUUCAGAAUUGGAUCAAGAACAGUUUGAGAAUUAAUGACAGCAAUUUGCAAGAUCAGGUGUGGGAUGUUUUCUCAGAAGCAACCAGAAACAAGAUUUCAAGUGAAAAAGAAAAAGACAAACCACAACAGACAGAAGAGCAGCAAUCUGCAGAAACUGGGGAAAAUACAAAGGCAGAAGAAAAUGGAAUUACAGAUGGAAAAGCUGAGAAAAAAAAGAAUAAAAGGGAACGAAAAGAAGAGAGACAAAAGGGCAAAAAGAAAGAAAAAAAAGAUUUGAAAUUAGAAAACCAGGCAGAAGUAAAAAAGGGUAAAAAGUCCAAGAAAGGAAAAGAAAGUGUGGAGGAUGAAAUUGAAAUAAAUGGAAAUGGCAAUCACACUGAAACAGAAGAGGAAACAAAUAUAAAGAAACGCAAACAUAAACAUGUAGAAGAGGAACCUCUUACCAAAACAAAGAGAAUGAAAACUGAAAGUGUUUCAGAAGACAUGGAGACAGAAAACAUUAAUGACAAUGAAGAAAAUGUGGGAACAGAUAAAGGUAAAUUCAACUGGAAGGGAACUAUCAAAGCAGUUCUGAAACAGGCUCCAGACAAUGAAAUCUCAAUUAAAAAACUAAGAAAAAAGGUGAUAGCUCAAUAUUAUGCAGUAGCUGGUGAGCAUCAUAAAACAGAAGAGGAGAUCCUAGUCACAUUCAAUAAGAAAGUGAAUAACAAUCCCAAAUUUAGAGUUCUGAAGGACAAAGUGAAACUUGUGAAAUAAACAGUUUGUAUACUUUUCAUAGCUGUUGCAUUUUAAUCUUGCAGAUGGAGUCAAACUUUUCUGUCAGCUGUACAGAUACUGUGCAUUGGUAUAAUUUUAAAUUGUGUAUGUGAAAGCAGAAUUUAACUUUUAAUACUGAAUUCCUCCCUUUUUCUAGAUUUAUCACAGAACAUUUUCAGAUAUUUUAUUUUUUGAUUUAUGGAAAAUGUAUAUUUUUUGGUACAAGUUUUAAGAGGCAUUGAAAAUAAUUGCUGGCCUACUGUAUUAAGAUUCUUCCAGUAAUUAAUAUAAUUUAUAGGCAUGAAUGUUUUUCAGGACCUGAGUUGUGUGGCUUUUUGCAGGAACUAUUUUCAAAGCAAAUAGGAUUUUCAUAUUCAAAAACCCACUGUGGAAUAAAUGUUUUGUUAUACUAAAAGCAACCUUUAAUAAACUGUUGAUUCUGUGUUGUAAAAUGCAUAAAUAAAGUGUUAGAUUUGUGUAUGCAAUAUUGCACAUGCAGUGAAAAUCUCAAAACUGAAUUACCUGCAUAUGCAUUGCUACUCAAAGUCUUGAUUACUAGUGCAACUGACAUCAAUAGAAGUGGUUACAUGGACUAAAAAUCGACUGAUGAAAUAGAUUACUUUAAAGUACAACCUUAAAUGUAAUGAGUCUUGUCACUUUGCAUAAUAAAUCCACAAAUUAUACAUCA